UCUUGUAACUGAGUGGUUUUCGAAGUUUGGUGUGCCUGCCCGUAUUCAUUCCGAUCAGGGUCGUAACUUUGAAAGCUCCCUGAUCCAGCAGCUCUGCAAGUUUUAUGGUAUUGAGAAGUCCCAUACUACUCCUUAUCAUCCGGCUGGAAAUGGUCAGUGCGAACGUUUUAAUAGGACUUUGCACAAUUUGUUGCGGACCCUGCCAGUAUCCAGAAAAAGACUGGAAUGUAUGUUUGCCCCAGUUACUCUACUGUUAUAACACCACUCCCCAUCAGGCUACUGGGGAAACUCCAUUCUUAUUGAUGUUUGGGCAAGAACCCAGGUUGCCAGUGGACUUUCUGUUGGGCAGAGUACCGGACCCCAUCAAUGGAGAUGUGCACGAGUGGAUUCAGGAGCAUCAAGCCCGGCUACAGGUUGUACAUGAAGGAGCCAAGGAACGACUGCAAUUGGCUGCCGACCGCAGAAAGAGGCACCAUGAUAAAAAUGUGAAAGAGGCGCCAUUGAACGACGGGCAGUUGGUGUUCCUGCGCGAUUUGAGUGGAAGAGGGAGAUGUAAAAUCCAAGAUCGAUGGAAACCAGCGGUAUAUAGAAUCCUGAAGGCACCUAAAGGAGGUGGGGCAGUAUAUACCAUUGCACCUGCAGAUGAUCCUAGCAGUGUGAAGCAUGUUCAUCGUACCUUGCUGAAGGCUGUGGUAAUGGCACCUACACCAUCAGAAGGGCCUGCUCCGUGCGGUAGCCCACAUGGACCAGAAAUAUCAUCCGCAGAGCCAGAACAUGACUCAUCAAGUGACAGUGACCUGUUAUUCCUGAGCAUAGGAGCUCCUCAAGUAAAUGUUUCACCAUCUUACAGCCCAGUGGCAGUGAUUCCAAGUAGCUCUGAGUUGUUGCUCCCGCCAGAAGAUCGAACUUCCGAUGUUCCAGCCACUUGUACAGUUACUCCGAGUGCAGCACCAGUUCCAUCUAGCUCUCUUCCUGUUCCCACUACGAGCUCUGAUACAAGAAAUAUUGUUGUGCGAAGAACCGCACGGUCCACGGCCGGCCAGCAUUCAAACAUCCAUCAUCUCCCAAGACCAACAGGGGAGGUGGCACAAGGGGCUGCAAACUCUAUUUCUGAGCUUAGAAUACAUACUGUCUCUGCAUUUUUUAGGCCUUGGGAUUAACCUGGGUGUCUUUGUAAUCCAUCGUCGGGGCGACGAUGCAAAAAGGAGGGGUAGAUUGUGGCAGGAUGAAUGUUAUCCCUCGGUCCAACCCACUUUCAGCCUGGCGCAUUAGGGGGCGCUAGUAUAAAUAGUGGCCAUUUGAGUGUCCCUGGAUCGCUUACCUGUGACCUCCUUUUUGGUCACCUGACUUCCUGUUGGUGUUGCUGAGCUUAGUUGCGGGUUACUUUUCUGAAGCCUCCAUCGCAGCUGAUGCGGAGUGCCGACGUGGAGGAGACCAGGGUGCCUUGGUGGUGGGAUCCUCUGAGUGUACACUCCUGCCUUGUUUAGUUUAUUAGUGUGAGUGUGUGAUAGUGUGCUGCACUUGUGUCUUGGUGUAUUUUCUUCGUUUUUUGAGUUUGUGUGUGUGGCAUCCCUCCCCUCCACUGGUAAGCCUCAGCUCUGAAUACCUUUUUAAGCAUAUUUGUACAUGAAUAUUUAUGAUUGUGCUUUUAUAUGGUGUUUUAAAUAAUUAUUAAUAAAUUGUCAAUUUGUUUAUCAUUGAA